AUUGCAUGUGUGUGUGUGUCUGAACUGAAUGGACUCUGACCAGCAAUAAUGAAGAUAACCCCUCCAGCUAGAGCCACUUUGUCCUUCUGCUCUGGUUCUUCUGCCAUACAGGUGGUGCACCUCAUGCCCACCAUCUCCACCAAGAUAGAAAUAAAGCACAGCAAGAUGGAGGACAGCAUCAGCCCUCGUGUGCCCUGUACAAUCCCUGGAGAUAAAGACAAGGCAGAGGAUCACUUGAUUUGAGCAGGGAGUACCCUGGAGGAGAGGGAGGAUCCAGGAAGGCCAUCACUUCUGACUGAGGACAGAAGGAGGAGAGCGACACCUAGUGGAGCUGGCGUGUAGAUCCACAAGGAAAUUUGUUUCAAUCUUACAGGAUCCCUAUGACACAGAGUGAAAAAUGGACAAAGAAUUGGGCCUGAUUCUGUUGCUGGUGCUGCUUCUCUGUCACAAAGGCAACACAGAGUCACAAACCUCUUGUCCAUACAAAUGCCAUUGUUUCACUCCAGUCCAAGUACUGUGUGCUGAUGAACAGAUGGCAUCUUUACCCAGGAACAUGUCCAAGCAGGUUAAGGAAUUUAUUAUAAUGACAUCAGCGCUGAUGUACCUGUUCCCCCACACUUUAGAGACGAGCCCCCAACUCACCAAGCUCAUCUUCCUAAAUAAUGCACUGCGAAGUAUCAACUCUCAGGCUUUUGAGCAUCUGGCUGAGCUGCAGGAGCUGGAAAUCAGUGGGAACCCCUGGCUGGAGCAUUUAUUUCUGGGGACUUUUUCGAGGCAGGGAAACUUGACUAAGUUGCUGCUUAACUUCAACAGGUUCAAGGCGGUGCUUCCUGGCAUGUUUGACUCUCUUAAACAGCUAGAAACUCUGCAGAUGAAGGGCAACAUCAUAUCAGAUCUGCCUACAUUUAUUUUCCUGAACCUCAACAAUCUACGUGUACUGGAUUUGUCCCAAAAUAAGCUCGAAGGAGUGAAAAGGGAAACGUUUUCUGGUCUGGCAAGACUGGAGAUCCUAAAAAUGAGCAACAACCUCAUCAGCAAUUUUGAAUCUGGUACGUUCCACAAUAUUUCUCAGCUGACAGAGCUUCACUUGGAGUGGAAUAAGAUAUCAGUGCUUGCUGACAAUAUCUUCUUUGUGUUAACCAAACUGAAGGUGCUGAACCUUCGUGGAAACCUUCUUACAACCUUCAGCGAUAAAGUGUUUGGAUUUGAGGCGUCCAAUUUGAAGGAGCUGAACCUAAAAGGCAACAGACUGACUGAGCUGUCCUCUCUAAGCAGUUUAAUAUCUCUUACCGACCUUAUCUUGUCCUCUAACCAGCUCUCCAACCUUCCUGAAGACAUUUUUAGAAAUGUUACAGUCCUGGAGAAUCUGGACCUGUCUGAAAACCAGCUCACCUUGUUGCCAAAAAGGAUCUUUACUGAUCUAUUUAGCAUCAAGGCGAUCCACCUACACAAGAACAACCUGAGCAAGGUGGACGCCAAACUGUUUGAGGACCAGGUGCUCAUUCAGCAGCUCUACCUGUCUGACAACCAGCUGGAAACUCUCCCAAUGGGCCUUUUAGACCCUUUUGUCAUCCAGCACACAGUGAGACUGCACGGAAAUCCCUGGAAAUGUGACUGCCGCAUGUGGUAUCUGCAUGACUGGGUGCUGAGAAACAGCCAAGACAUAGAGAUGCUUGACAGGAUGCUCUGCAAGAGCCCCGGCUUUCUGAGAGGACGGCCGAUCAUCUCCAUCAACAAGGACCAGCUGGUGUGUUGGGUGUCUGAAGAUAACGUGCGUGAUCUCAGCAGCUGUAGCCUACAAGUAUCCAGGGACACUGUGACCAUCAAUUGUAAUGUGGACCAAUGUUCACCACUGACAGUGAAGGUACAGUUUCAAGAGGAUGACGGCAGUAUUAAGGAGCAUAUUUUGAAAAAUGAGCCUGACCAUCCUCAAUGUAGCAAUGAGACAUCGAUAGAGAGCCCCAUUCAGUAGUUCUCCCUGUUAAUUAGACUUUGUUCUCUGUGCAAAUACGUCCUCAUGUGUUUGGUCUUUCUUCAUAUAAAGAGUCAUAUCAUAUGUUCUGACUGUCACAGUCAAUACUGUAAACAAACCUCUAACUCAACAGCUGAUAACCAGUUUACAUGCAUGCUGCUGAAUGAUAAGAGGGGUGGAUGAACCCUUUUCUUGUAAAGUUCAAAGUUCAGCCUACUACUUUUUAAGAUCCUGUCUAGGCUAAAAGGAACUAUGAGCAACAUGUUAAUCAUCCGCUAACGUGUGUUUAAUCCGCAGCAGAUGCAGAUGAUUCCCUUGUUUAAGUACACUGGCAGACGUCUUGAUAACCACUAGGCUGAAGUCAUAGGUUGAAAAUGUCGUCAAACUGAACAUCAUCAGGACAACAAGUGCAGCACACUUAGGAGUGUUUCACUAUGUCCUAUGUAUUUAGCAGUUUCAAGAUGUUUUGGAACAGAGUCCCAUGUAAAAUGUCAAUAAAAUGUAAUAUUUGCUUCUUCAAACGAUUUGUUUGAAUUCAAACAUUUACAACACUUUGGAAAAGGCAGGACACAUAGCCUGCCCUUAAGGCAGUGGUGGAAGAAGUAUUCAGUAUUCAGAUCCUUCACUUAAGCAAAGGUUCCCAUACCACAAUGUAAAAAUACUCUGUUACAAGUAAAAGUCCUGCAUUCUAAAUGUUAUUUGAGCAAAAGUGCAGAAGCACUGUCAGCAAAUGUACUUAAAAAUAGAAGUAAAUAGAAUAGUUCUUGUCCUUGUUAUGUUAUGUUAAUGGAUUAUUAUGAUUGAUGCAUUAAUGUGUAUGCAGCAUUUUAAUGUUGUAGUUGGUCAAGGUGAAGCUGAUUUUGACAAUUUUAUAUACUGUUGGGUGGUUUAACCUAUCGCUCAUUAUCGCCUUUGUAUGUAAAAUCAUGAUCUGCAAAGUAACCUGUUAAUACAGUUGCAUGUUAUACACAUCCAGUGCCGUAAAAUGUACAAUAUCUCCCUCUGAAAUGUAGUGGAGUAGUAUAAAGUGGCAUAAAAUGGAAAUAUCCAAAA